AUGUUAUCUAUCCUCACGUGGUUCAAAGCAGCUCUUUCUUUGGGUAACAUAAUAUCAAUCGGGUCUUUUGUUUCUCGAAAUUGUAAUGAUAAAGACUCGGGCAAUCCCACAACAAAUGCCAAACGUACUGUUUCUUCAGAAAAUUUUGCAAACCAAGCCAGUCUUUUUAAAUCAACCAAAAACACAUCAACUCUCUCUCCACCGUGUAACUUCCGUUUUGUGAAAAACUCAUAUGCACAGUACACAUCCAAUAAGAACGCCUCUAGAACAGGUGUUGGCAUUAACAAUAGUCCUGAAAAAAUGGUUGCUCCAUCUAUAAUGCAAGAAAGCUACCAGCAAUUACUAAUAAAGUUGGAAAUUACUGGAAAAGCAAGACGAAGGUGUAAGGAUGCAGAUGACUGGUUAUCAGGAUGUAGAAAGUUAGAACUUUCAGGAGAAAAAGGUGGAGAUAGAAAUAGAAAAACUUCAUUAAAAGCAGUGGCAGUCAAGUUGCGCGUGAAUGUUCAGCUUGUCCAUGAAGCUGUUAUUAGUGCCGUUAAAAAAAGGAUACAAAACACACAAGAUGUAAUUAUUUUUGUUAGAGAUACUUUGGUAAAAAAAGCAACUAACUUUCAAUGCACUGAUGCUCUCACUGCAGAGCAAUGCGAUGAAAUUGCUUUGAUCGGAAAAAACCUCAAGUUAUCGGCUAUAGAAGUUGCAAAAGCAGUAAGACAAGCUGUUGCAAGGCCAGUUGAAGUUGGAGUAAAGUUAUAUGUUGCAGUAUUAUUUAUUUUAGAUGAUCUCAAGAAAAACGUUAAAUGUGAAACUUUUGUUUCAGAAGACGUGUGCAAAAAAGUUGCUAAUUACGCCAUUAGCCUUAAACUUAGCGCGGAAGAUGCCACAAAAGCUGUCAAAGAGGCCAUUUUACAAGGUGCCAACAAUGCAGCAGAUUACUAUAACAAGGCAACUGAAUACCUCAGAGCUCAAAUAUCUUGCGAAAACGUCCUUUCAGUUGAGGGGAAGUUCCAUAAUUUUUUUUUUGCUUUUAAUGAUAUAAGAGUAUUGAAAUAAUAAUUUUAUUUUAA